GCUUUGUCGUUCCGCCGACGGAUGAGUUGGAGCUUUCUCGCGCUGCGGCAAACAACAAGGUCCCCAACGUCUAUGAGAUCACCCGGAAAAGCGCUCUGCUGCUUUUUGACGUGCCGCUUGAGUGCCAUCAUCCCCGAGAUACGCAACUCAGUACCGUCCUUUACAGCUUGUUUUGCCCCAUCUCUCGGUCCGCUCAACAUUUUAGCCUGAGAUCGCAUCAGGAAAGCUGUGCGCCUACGUCUAUAUGGCUUCAGUGGAAUCUCAGGGUCUUCUCAUCUCAAAUGAGAGGCUGGACCAGAUAGCCGGUAAUGAGAACCGAUCAGUCGACUUCGAGGAAGCUUUAAAUCCAGUCACAAAUAGCUCCGACAGCUGGAGUGGAAGCUCUGUCUCUGAUGAGGAGGACUACGAUAAGCUCCGACCUCAUCCCGACGAUUUACGAGAUGACGCAUACGGGGGAGGCAUCGAGGACACCGAACAAAAGGACGGGGACUAUCCAUCAGGAGAUGCGGACAAUGUUGCGAGAGCAAAGCCAAAGAUAGCUCGGAGGAAGAGCAUCCAAGUUGUUCUAGAGACGACUGAUAGGAAGGGGCGAUACAAAAUCACUGCGGAUGACCCUGAAAUUAGGGAGAUUCUACGGAGGAGCCUCGAGAGGGAAGCAGAUGUAGCAGACGCAGCUAAGAAGAAGAAACUGAGAUUUCGCGACCUUAUGUUUACGAAGCAAUUCACCACAUUUGAUCGACAGAAUCCGCUGAGCUCAGAAUCCGCCUUUCAUGGCUUCUUUACACUAUUUUGGCUUUGUCUCGCUAUGCUGCUAUUACGAAUCGCAGCAUACAAUUACAAGGAGCAUGGAAGUGUAUUCGGAGGAGCUGAACUGCUGCACAUGAUGUUUGGUCGCGACGUUAUACUCCUCGGUUUGACUGAUGGAGCUAUGGCUGCAAGCCCGGUCGUUGGACUGGUCCUUCAGCUCGCCAUUCUCAAGGGCUGGAUAUCUUGGAAUUCUUCGGGAUGGAUAAUACAGAAUGUGUGGCAAGCCGGAUGGCUCGGAGCUUUCCUUGGGUGGACAUUCUACAGAGAAUGGCCAUGGACCCAUACCAUAUUCAUUACGCUACACUCCCUCGUUUUUCUAAUGAAGCAACAUAGCUAUGCUUUUUACAAUGGCUACUUGUCACAAGUAUAUCGCCGAAAGAUGCUGCUGGAGCAAAAGCUUCAACAAUUAGACGACAUUGUACCUACACCACAAUCGCCACAGGUCCGCCGCUCAUUUUCAACCACUGGCACAGAUAUUGACUUUAGUCCGAGUGCCGGGAAGAACCUCAGACGCCGCGGCUCCAUGGGACCCAAAGCAUCAACCAAUCUACUCAAGGAGAAGUCUGGAAUCUCGCCCAUUGCAUCCGCCAUCGAAUCUGGAGAGCCACUCGAUGGAGAUCAACUCCGCACCUUCACCUCGAUCAUCAACACCGAGAUUGAAAUCCUUGACGACGAACUCUCUGCCCGCUGCACGAACAAAGCGAAUGCAUAUCCCAACAAUCUAAACAUUGCCAAUUUUGCCGACUGGACCGUCCUCCCGACGCUCGUCUACGAGCUCGAAUACCCGCGCCAGGAACGCAUCAACUGGCUAUACGUAGCUGAGAAAACCGCCGCCACCUUUGGAUGCAUCUGGGUCAUGAUGGUCGUCUCUCAAGCUUACAUCUACCCAGCCGUGCUCGAAACCGUGCGCAUGAAGGAAGCAGGCAUGUCACUUCAACAGCGCUGGGUCGAAUUCCCCUGGAUUCUAUCCGACCUGCUAUUCCCUAUGCUCCUCGAGCAACUACUGUCCUGGUACGUCAUCUGGGAAUGUGUGCUCAACGUCCUCGCCGAACUCACGCGCUUUGCGGAUCGUGGCUUCUACGGCGAUUGGUGGAAUAGUGUGAGCUGGGACCAGUAUGCGCGCGACUGGAACCGGCCGGUGCAUAGUUUCCUCUUGCGCCAUGUCUAUCAUAGCAGCAUCUCUGCGUUCCACUUCAGCAAGCCGACGGCCAUGUUCGCGACGUUCUUCCUGAGCGCAUGUGUGCAUGAGCUGAUCAUGUUUUGUUUGUUCCACAAGGUGCGCGGGUAUCUGUUCACGUUCCAGUUGUUGCAGAUUCCACUGGCUGGACUGUCGCGCACAAAGCUGCUGAAAGGUAGGAAGACUAUCGGUAAUAUCAUGUUCUGGGCAGGUCUAUUCAUCGGACCAAGCCUGAUCACGAGUUUGUAUCUUAUUGUAUGAGCAUAUUGCAGUAUUGCAUUACGGAGGCAUCGUUGGAGGCAUUACUGGAGUUCGAUAUCCUUGCUUUUGGAUGGGUAUCUGUGCUGUAAUAUAUUCCCCCGGUCAUAGUAAGCUGUCAGGAUCUUCCUUUAGGUUAUUCCACUCCUCCUAGAUACCAUUUCCAUAUCGAGAUAUCAUAAGUCAUUCGUAUCUAUUACAUGCCUAGAUCAGCCUUCACGAUCAGCAUCCAUAUCCAUCCGGUUCGUGGACCUCAUCCUUGUUCAUCUCUAGAAAUACAACCCUCCC